AUGAAAGACAGGUUUAAUAGAGUGAGAAGGAAAAAUAACUCCAUCUUUAUUCUCUGCAGGGGCGCUUUGCGGUCGCUGAACUUUUUAUUGUCGUGCGCUGAGGUUGAGAAAUUGCUGACUGCCACUUUUAAUAUAAUGUUGACGCUAAUUGUUUGGAUUGGUAUAUAUCAUACCAAAAAGGAUUCGAAUUCUGUCUUCUAUUAUAAGUUCGAUCCGGUCCAUAAUCAUACAACCGAAAAUGAAAUCGUCGACGGGAUGGCUAGAGCUCUCGAAGCUUGCAAGUAG